GUUUUUCUCUCUCUUUCAGUAGGUAAAUGCGAACGGGUGUUGAACACAUGGACAGUCCCUUCGUGUUGAUACGCCAAUACAAGCCCGAAGAUCAGAAAGCAUGUAAAGAGAUAAUUGGUGAAAGAAUCGGACUGUUCACUGGUCCGAUGUUUGUGCGUUCGCUGUUUCGCGAAACUGUGUACGAAGUGAUCGUGUUCAUUGUCGCAAUCGCAUUCAUUUUUCUUGGGGUUCCCAUAACAAUUUCGGUCUUGUUUGUCCCUGUCGUGUUCUUGGGAAAUUAUUUCGCUAUUCGGAUGUCAAAUGGAGUCAAGGGUCUGGAGAUGUCGCAGGAGUUCGCAGCAAUGGAGAACAAGUAUUCCCGAGAUCGAGGCGGAAAGUUUUUUGUUGCAGAGUUGUGUGAGAGCAACAUCCGAUUGCUUCAAGAUUUGGACAAGAGCGCUGUUUCCUCGUUGUUCUUCUUACUGGAGGGCAACUACAACGAAGCCACGUUUUACCCCCGGAUCCAGGGCUCCCGGAAACGCAUCAUCGGCAUGGUGGGUGUGUGUUCGUCUGAACGGGAUCCGAGAAGAGCCUUUAUGAAGCGACUUUUGGUUCGACCCCCGUAUCGACAAACCGUGGUUGAAGAGAGGCUGGUGAACGCAGUUUUGCAACAUUGUCGGGAUUUCGGGUUCCUAGCUGUGGAUACCGUGUGUUCCGAGGUGAAUGAUGAGUUGAGAGAGUCCCUGUUUGCUUGCGGAUUCGAGGUAGGUGCUAGUUAUCACAAGUACGCGCUUGGAUUGAUUUCGUACAUGGGAAUGAUGCAGUUCUCCGCCCCGAUUAAGGCUUCCCGUAGUGCCCUGGAGGCCUGA